ACAAGCAAUUUGUUGGACCAAUUAUUUUGCUGCUUUUUUGAUAAUUAUAAUACAUCAAUACAAAUAAUUAAUGCUAGCUAGCUAUGGCGCAAAGAGAUACUAAUGGGGUCAACUACAAUAUAGCCAGAGAUCCAACCUUGGUAAAAAAUCGCAUAUUCUUAGGUAACUUGCCUGCAUGCACGCGAGAAGAGCUGGAGAGCAUUUGUCAUCCAUAUGGUAAAGUAUUGGGCUCCUUGGUUCAGAAGAAUUUUGGUUUUGUACAAUUCGAAAGCGAGGAAGUAGCCAACAAAUGUGCGGCGGCGCUUAACAGAUCUUCAUUUAAGUCAAAUUGCUUGACAGUGCGCAAUGCUAGCCUCAAGCCAAAGUUGCCCAAUACGGCUGCCAAGAAGAAUCUUCCCCAAUCGCCUUUAACUCUACAGGGCGUAAUGCCAGGUGCCGCCACUGCUGCCGCUGCACCAAUAAACGAUUGUGAAAUCAUUGUGGUAAAUCGUGAUAAUACCAAAUAUGCCGAGAUCGUGGAGGAUAACCUUAGGCAAGUUGGCAUGCGCGUCGAUGUGCUGUUUCCCAAUGAGGACGUCAUGCUUGGGCAGGUGCUGAGCAAUAUUUCGGCACGAGGCUGUUUGUACGCUGUGCUAAUUAGUCCACAGCAUGAGGCUCUCCAGAGCAUUACUGUAAACAUUCUAUAUGGCGUGCCUGCGGAACAUCGCAAUAUGCCACUGAAUGAUGCACUCACAUUGAUAACCACAGACUUUCGCUUGAAAAAGCAACGCGAUGAGGUGGGUCCAGCUCAACGACGACAUCCGGAUGCAAUGCAGCAAUUAAUUGAAAUGCUGUCUGACAAUCGUCCACUAACGGCUUUGCAAUAUGAAUGCAUCAUCAAGUAUUUGGAGGAACAGCGCGAUGAGCAGCGUAAGCUAGAGCUGGGUGACGCCAGUGUCAUUGCUAAGCUUAAAGCGCCCGAUCCAGAAAUUGAGCUGCAAAAGAAGAUUCUAACCAUAAUAAAUAAUCCCCCGGUGACCGCAAUACAGAGUGAGCUCAUGUAUCCCACCUUUGAGGAAGCAAAAGCGGACAAAAGGCUUAUGGAGCUUCUUCAGGAUGGACGUGUAAUGAACGCACUCAAGACUAUUUACAGCUCGGAUCUAGUACAAACCGUCUCACAACAUAUAAUAGAAUAGAACAAAACAUUAAUUUAUUCAGCACU